UGAUGCUGAGCUUAAUUCCUCUUGGUGUCCGCGUCAGAUCAACCCCUGCGGACUUUGGAGUUUAAACGUUAAAGUGUCCGAGAGAUAGUACGCUGCAAUAACGCACUUACACGACAUCCCACAGCGGGUCUGCGAGUCUAAAGUGCUGAGAUACGAGCACGGGUGCUGGUGGCCGUGACCCAUAGGGGGCGUGAGUGUACCAAGGGCGAGGUACAAGCUGUCCGAGUGAUGAGGCCCUAGCGGACUUGGAAUCCGCCUGUGGUACCUUAUCGCAUGCUGGCAUGGUAUAUAUAGAAUGGACGAGGGCCAGGAUGCUGUGAUGGAGCAAGCCUCGACACCUUGUCAACCCCAGCUGUCGCUCGCCUAUUUCCCAGGAUCUCAUCUUGAUCUGAUAUUGCAACAGACAAGACAGGACCCCCAGUCACAAUGACAGACAUGCAUCGGCAUUCUCAGACCCCUGAAGGGCUUCAUGCAACCGUCGCCUCGACGGGCACGACCCUCAACGAGGAUAUGGAUAGCAAAACCCCCGUGCCCAGCAUCAAAGAUAAUUACGAUGGCCUCGAUGAGAAGCGGGAUGAGCCGUCAGACGAGAAGCGAGAGGAGACGACCGUUGACUCUCCGGUCCAGAAUGAAGAGCUGGCCGAGAAUGAGUACCCUUCGGGCAUCAAGAUGUUCUUCAUCGUGCUCGCCCUGGUGCUGAGUGUCUUUCUCCUGAGUCUCGAUAUGAUUCGGCAGAUGGAUCCCCUCGGCGUGGUCCUGAUGAUGGGAGCCACCAUCAGCUACAUCCUGGCCGUCCAGUAUGGCGGCGUCGCACACCCCUGGGACUCCUCCGUCGUCAUUGGCCUGCUGGUCGGAUUCGUCCUCAUCAUCGGUGCUUGGGCGUUUGUGCAGUGGUACCAGGACGAGUACUCCAUGGUGCCUCCCAAGUUGUUCGCCAAGCGCACCAACUUUGUCAUGUCUCUCAUUGCCUUCAUCCAGGCCGGCGGCUUCUUUGCUGCCAUCUACUAUAUCCCCAUCUACUUCCAGUCAGUCCACGGCACCAACCCAACCAUGAGCGGCGUCCGCAACCUGCCUUUCAUCAUUGCCGUCUCCUUCUCCACGGUCGCAAGCGGCAUGCUUGUCAGUGCUACCGGAUGGUACCAGCCUCUCUUGCUUGGCGGCACAUCCGUUGCCACGAUCGGAGCUGGUCUCUUGUAUACGCUGGGCAAGAAUACAUCAACUGGCAAAUGGAUUGGGUACCAGAUCGUGGCAGGAGCUGGCUGGGGCACGGCCUUUCAAAUCCCCAUGAUUGCUGUGCAGGCCUUGGCCGAUCCCAAGGAUCUCGCCUCUGCCACCGGAAUGCUUCUCUUCUUCCAGGGCCUGGGCGGAGCUUUCCUUGUGUCUGGAUCCCAGUCAGCCUUCAUCAACACCAUGGUGAGGAACGUUCUCCAGCACGCCCCCCAGGUCAGCGAGGCAACGCUUGUCUUGACCGGCGCGACUGAGAUCCGGAACAAGUUUCCCGUGGACCAGCAGCCAUUUGUCAUUGAUGGCUACAUGGCCGGCCUCAGGGUUGUGUUUGCCAUGUGUGUGGCCUGCACAGGAGUGGCCACCUUGAUUGGCCUCGGAAUGCGGUGGCAGAAGCUCAACCAAGACGCCCUCAAGAAGGCCGGAGGAGCAGCAUAGAUGUUUUUUGAUGCCAUUCAUCUCAUACUGUUACGAUACAUGUCAUACAGACAUAU